UUUACCAUAGUUGUGUGCGAAAAUGAAUAAAAUAUGUUUAAUCGUAAUUUUGAAAUACUUUUCUAUGGCCACUGCAGUUCCGGCUGCAAAGAAUUAUAAGGAUCAGUAUUGCACGGACCCGAGAACAAUGGAAAAACAUGAGGUCUACCAGGAGUGGGCUGAUGCGUAUUCAUGCACACGCCACAGGUGUCAACCCGGGGGGCGGAACCUAGCUAUUUAUACUGUGGGGUGUAAACGCGUGGAGGCGCCAGAAUCGGCUAUAGAGUGUGAAGAGGUUGUGGAAGAUACUAAUAUGCAGUUUCCAUACUGCUGCACCAGAUUGAGGUGUCUAGUAGUGGUCCGUGGGGAGGUUUGGACCAAAGUACUAGGACAGCCCUGGGAGAAUCUCCCCGCAGCGCCUUGGAGCCACAUGUAUAAGAUGAAGAAGCCUCCGCCUAUUGACGAUUUGCCUAAACACGCCAUACAAGGUCCAGUUUAUGAAAUCCAAACAGAUGGGGAAGAUAAAAUAGAUAAGGUCCUUCGAUCUUCGAAGAAGACAACGGAAAAACCUUGUCAUGAUAUAGUUCCGAGGGUAGCUGCUUCUCCUGAUAUUGUGAUCGCUUUAGCUACGGGUAACGACGAAAAAGAGCACGCUGAAAUAGACAAUUUGAGGCGCAAGCGGCCAAGAAAACCUUCCUCCAGUCCAUAUUUGGAUGACAGUGAUCGUGAUGGUAAUGCUGACCUAGAAGACGUUACUGAUAAGAUCCAUGAAAUAUCUGAUGAGAAAUACUACGCGCAUGAAUAUGCUUUGGCCACACAAAAACCAUCUGAGACGCGUAUGGGAUGGACAGAAAUACCACCAAAUCAAUGGAACGAACAUGAAGCUGAAUUAACGGACACAAACGCACAGACAGAAGACAAACCGGAGAAACAAUCUGGCUUACAAGCGCUAGUUGACGCAAUCGGGAAUCGAAUGCGCGACAUCGAGAAUGUAGUACAGAAGAUGAGUGAAAAGGUCCAGAAGGAACCGCUGGCCAGCUUGGAGACACGGUCACACACUGAUCUCGAAACAAAGCACCGAAUGCAAGAUGAACAUAAAAACGAAAAGCCAAAAAAGCCCAAUCCAGACGGAGAACAUUAUAAACGGUUUUCAGUAAGAAAUCGCAGUAGAUAUCUAGCAACUACAGAGGUUCCAAUCGACCAGCCUCUUUUUGUAGAAGAUAAUAACUUGAAUGGUUACUUCAGUGACGCCAGUAAUUCUAUGAGGAGAAGCCCUCCAAAGGAGCCAGCUACAUACAUGGCGCCGGUAGAAACCCGUCGAAAGCACUCAGAAAUAUCAGAUGACGUAGAAAAACGCAGGCGGAAACACAGCCAUAAGAAAAAACAUGGAAAGGGUAAAGGUCAUAAGAAGCAUCAUGGUAAAGAAGAAAAAAGGAAGCAUUUUAACCGACUGAGUUCCACAGAAGUUGACAAAAAUGUUGUUUCUUUAGAAGACAGUGGGGCUGUUUAAAUAUAAAUAAUAAGAUACAUAAUUAAAAUUAUUUUUAUAUAAAAAACCUAGCCUUUUUCUAUGUACCUAUAACCUAAAUAAACGAAGUACUUAAACUCUUAUAUUGGGACAAAAAGGAUACUUUUCUUUGAUUAAUUAUUUAAAAGUACCUAGGUACAUAUGAACCCAAUAAUAAAUAAUA